AUAUUUAUUUUCCAAAGUAUCUUUUUCUUUCUUUCUCUCUCUCUCACUUUUUUCCCCCUUCCAAAAACCUGUUUUCCAACUCUAAAAAAAGCCCUCCACAAAUCCCAUCAAACAAGAAAAAGCCUCUUAAAAUGGCUUUUUCUUCAUCAUCUUCAUACUCUGUAUUUUUGUGCACAAUUCUAACACUUAGCUUACAUUUUAGACCAAAUUCAUCAGCUUUGUUAGUGAAAUUAAGUCACCAUUAUAGAAAUCACCACAAACUACAAAGCGAAAACCCAAUAGUUCAAACUAACCAAACAUAUUCAUGCAAUCUUUUUGUAGGAAGUUGGGUUUAUGAUAUUUCUUACCCUAUUUAUCAAUUUUCUCAUUGCCCUUUCAUUGACCCUGAAUUUAAUUGCAAAUUAUAUGGCCGUCCUGACUCUAAUUACCUCAAGUACCGCUGGAAACCCGCCACUUGUGACCUUCCUAGGUUUAAUGGGGUUGAGUUUUUGGAGAGGAUGAGAGAAAGAACAGUGAUGUUUGUAGGAGAUUCAUUAGGGAGAAAUCAAUGGGAGUCUUUGAUUUGUAUGAUUUCAUCUGCAUUGCCAAGAUCAUCUCCUACCCACAUUAUCAAAGGGGACCCACUUACCACCUUUAAGUUCCUGGAUUAUGGAGUGACAAUAUCAUAUUAUAAAGCAACAUAUUUAGUGGACAUAGAUAUUGUUCAAGGCAAACGAAUAUUAAAGCUUGAUGAGAUUUCAGGCAAUGGCAAUGCUUGGCGUGGUGUUGAUGUCCUCAUUUUUAAUACUGGUCAUUGGUGGACCCACAAAGGAUCUCUCCAAGGAUGGGAUUAUAUGGAAUCAGGAAGAAUGCUGUAUAAGGACAUGGAUCGUUUGACAGCCUUAGAUCAAGGCCUGACGACGUGGGCCAGAUGGGUUGACGCCAAUGUCGACAGCACCCGAACCCGGGUGUUCUUUCAGUCCAUCUCUCCCACACAUUUCAACCCAUCAGAAUGGAGUUCUUCUGCAGCACUAUCAAUGACGAAAAACUGUUACGGCGAGACAUCACCGGUCAGCGGAAUGGUGUACGCCACUGAUGGUUAUCCUGCAGAGGAUGCAGAUAAAAUGAGAGUAGUUGAUACAGUACUUCAAGAAAUGAGCUUCCCUAUAUAUCUGCUUGACAUUACACAGCUCUCGGCUAUGAGAAAGGAUGCACAUCCUUCCAUUUACAGCGGCGAUCUAACCCCGCAACAAAGGGCUAACCCUCAAAGGUCUGCUGAUUGUAGCCACUGGUGCCUCCCUGGCUUGCCUGAUACUUGGAAUCAAAUUUUUUACACUGCAUUGUUAUAUUAAUCAAACCCC